GGCCAGCAGCUACAAAGUGGCGACAAUGUCUACGUUCUACGGCGCCCAUCCACGCGGCACUGUCUCUUCAACUGGACUGAACAAGGCGGCUGCCUCCGAUGCGACGGCUAGAGGUGCUGGCGGGCGCAGGGCCAGUGUCACCGAUGGAAAGGCUGCAGCUGGAACAGCAUCCACUGGCUUGAGGAGGCGGCAGAGCAUCACUCGGAAGCCGGAAGAAGACAGCGCUCUUUCGCACCGCAAAGCGAGCCUGCCUACCGAAAGUCAUCCUCUUCAGACAAGCGAUCGACUGGUAGUGUCCGAGCCCGUCGCAUCUGCAGCGCACGCGGGCAGCAGGAGGCCAAGCGUGAAGUCGAUCACCGACUUGUCGGGCAAGAAACCGGCUGACUUUGCGACCGCGUCGCCGGCCUCCACUUCGAAGCGCAGAGCCAGCAUCGCGACACUCGGGAAGGGCUCCGACGGCGGUAAGCCUAGCGACGACCAAUCAACUUCGGCGGACAAGUCUCAGUCAAAAUCGUCGCAGCAGUCGCUUGGCAAGCGGAGUUCGUCAAAGAUUCGCCGUCCCUCAAUAAGCGACAAGGAAAAGCCUAAGUAGUGACGCAGGGCAUAAAAUUUCAUGAAUUCUAUCGACGAUAUUUUUACGUAUAUCAUUUUACGCCACCGUGAUUGGUAGCAAUACAAAAUGACACUA